ACAUGACAGAUAAGAAAACCCUGCAUAAAUGUGGCCACUCAUUUUGUGCUGCCUGUAUUGACGAAGCAUUUAAACAUCAAAAGAAAUGUACAGUUUGUUCCCAGGUUUAUGGUCCUUUGAUUGGAAAUCAACCUCCCGGAAAAAUGAUUUUAAGUCAUUCAUCAAUAACGCUUCCUGGAUAUGAAUCGUGCGGAGGCAGCAUUCAUAUUACUUACAAGUUCGAAAGUGGAGUGCAGGGACCAAAUCAUCCAAACCCUGGUCAGCGGUAUUCGGGAAUAACUCGAUAUGGAUAUCUACCUGACAACAGAGAAGGGCAGAAAGUUUUGAAGCUGCUGAGAAAAGCGUUUGAUCAGAAAUUGAUAUUUACUAUCGGACGAUCAUCGACCACUGGAGCUAACAAUGUCAUAACUUGGAACAAUAUUCAUCAUAAAACCAACGUUACAGGAGGACCAACAUGGUAUGUUAGAAACAUAUCUGGAUUGUGUCGAUUUUUUAUUGCGAUAAUUCUUUAUUUCGUUUUAUAGAUAUUGCACAAUCCAGCAGCUGAGCUUUUUAUUGACAAGUUAAGUUGCAUUAUCAUUAAUUUUAAAUUAUAUAAUUCCUUUUAUUUCAGGUUUGGUUAUCCCGACCCAAACUACUUGAAGAGAGUGCAGGAAGAACUGGCUGCAAAAGGAAUUACAGAAUAAACAAUGUGGAAACACGCUAUAGUUGGAGUCGUUAGGGUAGUAUCAUAUAAAACGCAUAACAUUUGCUG